ACAAACGCGUUGGCUGUGUCGGCACACGGAACCGCGCCAAAAUCGAAUAACACGGAUGAAAACACUGAGAAGAAUUUAUUCAUAUCAAAAUGUUUGUCAAGGAUUUUAAGAAGAAUUUUUAUGACGCUAUACAAAAUCAGCGUGUUCUGGUUCUCGUGUCUUUCGACGUUGAUGCAUUAUGUGCAUGCAGGAUAUUGCAGUAUCUGUUCCAGUGCGACCAGGUCCUGUACACCAUCGUCCCAGUCAGUGGUCUGGAAGAACUGGAGAGGGCCUUCGUAGAGAAUUCAGAAGGAAUCAAGCAUGUUGUGAUGAUCAAUUGUGGGGCCUCCGUGGACGUUGUGGAGAUGUUGCAGCCACCGGAGCACAUCCGAUUCUACAUCUCUGACAGUCACCGUCCGGUAGACAUCCACAACGUGUACAACGCCGUGCAGGUGAAGUUGUUGAUGAAGGAGGAGGAGUUGACGGAGCUGCCGGAGUAUGAUGAAGUCUUCCGGGAUGACAGCUCAGACGAUGAUUCCGGUAAUGAGAGUGACAGUUCUGAAAGAUCAGGGAAAAAACGGAGGUUUGAUGAGGCAGCCAUAGACAGACGGAGGGAAAAGAGACUGUGGACUGAAAAUAGGAACAAGGUCAUAUUUGACUACACCAAGUUCACAUCCUACGGGACUUCAUCUUCUUUAUUAAUGUUUGAACUGGCCUGGAAGAUGUCUAAAGAUACCAAUGAUUUACUAUGGCUGGCUAUUAUUGGUGUGUCGGACCAGUAUGUACACUUCAAGACCCCGAGGGACAAGUACAUGGACGAUGUCAUGGCGCUGCAGUCUCACGUAGCUCGCCACAACCAUCGAGGAGACGAUGAGGAGAACCUCAUCUCCAUCAACUGUCUGAAGAUCGUGUUUGACGAGGAACUGACGCUGACGAUGUACCGCCACUGGUCUCUGUUCGAGUCCAUCUGUCACUCGGUCGGCAUGGCGUGCAAGUUCAAGGUGUGGACGCUCAAGGGACAGAAGAAACUCAAUGAAUUCCUGGCCGAGAUGGGGAUGCCCCUGAACCAGUGCAAGCAGAAGUUCUCGGCCAUGGACACAGAGCUUAAGGGGAACAUCAAGGGCAUGAUACAGGAACAGAUGAACAAAUACGGAUUGGUGAUGCAGGACAUUGUCAUCCCAUCAUUCUCAGCCCAAUAUGGCUACCGGAACAAGCUGUGUGCCACGGACGCUGUGUAUGCUUGCUGUGCAGUAUUAGAGGGAACUGAGAAAGGCAAGACCCCCAAUGACAGUUUCCUGGAUGCAGUCGAUAUUCUAACAAGGACUAAUGUAGCUGCUCUAGAGAAGGGCCUGGAACUGGCCAAGCGUCAGCUGAAGGCCGUGGUCACACAGGUCCAGACUUUCCUUGACAUGCACCAGGUCAUUUCUGCUGGGCCCUUCCUCUACGCCCUUAUACAGGAGGGAACAGCAGAUGUGAAGUUUUUCUCCAAAGUCAACUGCCUCAUCCGACUGGCUCGGUUCACACUAGAAGCCCACUGCUCUGUGAGUCGCAGUAAGAAGGCGCGGUCACUGCCCCUAGUGCUGGGCGCCCCCCUCAACACGGAGCAGGGGACGACGCUGGUGAUCGGCAUCCCUCCUCUUGAGCUGGACGAUGAGAGGAAGAACUUCUUUGGAAAGGCGUUUGAGCAAGCAGCAGCAAGCACCAACUCCCGAACUCACCAUGACUAUUUUGACUCCCAUGUGAUGGAGAUGAAGACGGAUGACAGGAGCAAGUUCUUCGAUGCCCUCCUCAACCUGCUACAGACAUGAGUCCAGCUCGUCAGCUUCUAUUUAUUUCUACAAGUGCUCUUCUUUGGCAGUUACUAGGAUCAGUUAGGUAGCCCAGUGGUUAGGUUGUUUGCCUGUCACCCGAUCAUUCAGGUUCUAUUUACCAACUGGUCACAAUUAUCAAGGUCGGUGGGGUAGUUUAGUGGUUUAGACACUCGCUCUUCACUGUGAACACCUGGGUUUGAUUCCCGAAAUGGGAACAAUGUGUGAAGCCCAUUUCUGAUGUCCUCGUCCCCCCCCCCCCCCCCAUCGUCAUGAUUUUGCUGGAAUAUUGCUAAAAGUGGCUUAAAAUCAUACUCACUCACUCACUCACUCAGCUGGCCAAAUAUCCUUCAUCUAUCACUUAGAUUACUCCAUGUACAUUGGCCGACUAAUAAAGAUGUGAUGGUUAGUGUGCGACCUGGCUGUGUGUCGUGCGGUGACUGCAUGGGUCAUUGCCGACUGUGGCAUCAAACAACAUUCGCUCUCAGUCAUCACUGGAUCUGUCACCAGGUUGUGCAGUGUAUCUGGUGACUGCUAAAGGUCUGUUAUAAAAUUGUCAUCAAAAUAAUUUGCUAAUAUUUAAAGAUCUGUUCUUGCGAGUAUUGAUGAACGUAUUGCAUGUGUCUAGAUAUCAUGUUCUUGUACAGUUCAACUUAAAAUAACGAUCACUGAUGACUGAGUACCUGAUACACUAUUGUGCGAGGCUGUUAUUCCAAUUUCUAUAUAUUUAGGAGAAAAAACAAUAUGUAUUUGUCUACUGUAAUUCAAAAUUUGAUGUUAGGUAAUUUAAUUUGGAACCAGACGGCGUUUGGCAGUAAUAAAAAAUCAGUUUGCCGACAUUGUAAAUAAACAGUUACCAGAUGUACUCCAAUCUCAUUCAAAUCAGAUCUAUGUUCGCGCUACUGCUAAACAAAGAUCUGAGGACGCAACUCUGCACAGCGAAUCGCGGCCCCUCAGACAACUGGGCCACCCGUGCCCCCCAUGAACAGUUAGAAUGCAAAUGAUCCUCUAACAACUCAUGUUAGAAUAAAAUGUUUUUCAUUGCUGAUAUGAUGAAUAUGUAAAUAUACUAUUCAAAAGAAAUUAAAGAACACCCAAUGCUUUCAACUUGCUGUAGUUCAAUCUGUCAUGACAUGACAGACUGACUCAAAAGAUGAUAAAGAACCUUUCUUUCAUUUUACUGUGACAAGUUAACAAAAGUAAUGUGAAAGAAUUGGUAGUUCUUUAACUUCUUUUGAGUAGUAAUUCCUGUAUUUUGUCCCACUACCAUGUGCUACGCUGUGUGUUGUGUUGUAUCUAUCUGUAUAUAAACGGUUAAAUAAAACGUCCUAUGCUUGUCGUAAGAGGCGACUAACGGGAUCGGGUGGUCAGGCUCGCUGACUUGGUUGAUGCAUGUCAUCGUAUCCCAAUUGCAUAGACUGAUGCCCAUGAUGUCGAUCACUGG